AUAGAACUGCCAGCUAGCCAACCAACAACACGCGUACACCGUCCGUGCAGAACGGCCCACAAUCACGGGGUUGCUAGACUAGGUUCUGGGCACGAAAUGCAACUUUUAUCCCGUUCAGACCAGGAGGUUUAGUCGGCCGGAGCUACAGGGAGCAAAAUGCAUCCUCACGGGACUCUAGCUGACAUGCCAGUGGAUGCCUACGACCGCUGCAUCAUCAAGGGUUUAGCGUGUGGUCCAGGAAGGCGGCACUACUGAAGUGAAGUCUCCAGAUGGUUCUGAAAUGAAUCUGCACAGCUAAAUUGAACUAAAAAAACUUCAUCAUGGCCGGCAACGCGAGCGACAUUGAAGUCCAUUUCAACCCCAACGCUGACGAAACCCCAGUGGAGGUGACCCUGCGGCGGCGCAGCUCCGAGAACAGCCGCAGCAAGACCCGGACCCUGUGCCCUAAGCUCUUUGAGCGGGCCUCGGGCAGCUGGUGGAACCCCAAGUUUGACUCCAGCAUCAUCGAGGAGCAGUUCCAGUACAACUCCUUCUCCCAGAUCCGCCGGCGAUUCCGCUAUGCCCUUUGCUACAUCCUGGCUGCCUGCGUGGUCUGGCUGAUCUAUCUCCCAGUUCAGACCACUUACACUGUCAGCAGACAGGGUGAUGAACUUUGCUUUGAGGAUGGCAGCCGCGCGACAUGGAUCAUGUUUGAGUUAGCCGUAGCCUGUCUCCUAGUCCUCUGCAUCAUCCUUCUGGUCUUCACUGUCUCUCAUCACUACAAGAGCCACUUCCAGAAGAUCUCCGGUGUGCUAUGUCUUAGUCUUUGCGGACUUACUCUCCUCACCUUUGCUUCACAUAGCUCAUCCAGUAACAGUUACCCUAUGAGCAGUGUGGCCACAUUUGCCGUGUGCAUUGAGACGAUUCUCAUGAUGUACACCAUGUUCCCCAUGCCCUACCUGUACACCGUCAUCCCCAUGUUGAUGUUUUCCGUGGCCUAUGAACUGCUCUACUUCCUGUACGUGGACCCAGCAAACGCAAAUCGGAGCAUCACUGGCGAGGUCUUCACAAAACUCUGCCUUCAUAUCUGCGUGCACCUGAUGGGUACCCACGUCUUCUUCAUGUCCCAGGUGCGCUCCCGCAACACCUUCAUGAAGAUUGGGCAAGCGGUCAGCGCCCGCCAUCAACACCAGAGUGAGAAGCAGCUCAAAGAGACCACCAUCCACUCCCUGAUGCCUGACUCCAUCGCCCAAAAGCUUCUCGAUGAGAAAGGCGAACGCAACGAUGGAAUCUUCCGACCUUUCUACAUGGACCUCAUGGAAGACGUCAGCAUCCUCUUCGCCGACAUCGCAGGCUUCACCCGCAUGAGUGCCAACAAGAGUGCCGAUACUCUUGUAGGCCUUCUCAACAACCUCUUUGGGAGGUUUGACAUCCUUUGCUUAGAUCACAAUUGCGAGAAGAUCUGCACUCUUGGCGAUUGCUACUACUGUGUCUCGGGCUGCCCCGAGCCCCGUCCAGACCAUGCCGAAUGCUGCGUCGACAUGGGCCUGAGCAUGAUAGAGGCCAUCAAGGACUUCUGCCAGGACACUGGUGAAAAGGUCAACAUGCGUGUCGGUGUCCACACCGGCAAAGUUCUCUGUGGCAUCAUCGGCAAGAGCCGCUACAAGUUUGAUGUCUGGUCCAACGACGUGACCAUGGCCAAUAAGAUGGAAGCGUCUGGCAUCCCGGGCAAGGUGCACGUCUCAGCAGUGACUGCCGAGUUCCUAGGCGACAAGUACAUCAUGGAAGAGAGUAGACAAGAUCGUCAGACUGUAUUUCUUGGUAAGUUGUCCAUUCUAUAGAUGCUUUUUAUUUGU